AUUUCCAUGGCAGAUCUCUAAGUUCCACAACCCCCCCCCCUUAAAAAAAUCCCAGUCAUCUGUUAAAUCUUUACUCUUUUCCCCAAAUUUUAUAAAAUUACUUUCAUAUUUGUAAAUCCUACCACUGCAUUUCGUUAUAGAUAAAAAGGAAAAAAAAAUUCAAAUUUCAUGUCAGCUCUGCCUGCUUCAGUUUCUUCUUCUUCUUGGAUCCCUGAAGACGAUCUCUUAUUGAAGAACGCCAUUGAGUCCGGUGCUUCUUUGGAAGCUCUAGCAAAAGGUGCGGUUCGAUUUUCACGGAAGUUUACUGUUAGAGAAUUGCAAGAUCGAUGGCGCUCUUUACUUUAUGAUCCUCUUAUUUCUGAUCAAGCAGCAGCUCGUAUGAUUGAGGUUGAAUUAUCUGCUUCUAAUUUGUCUUCUAAAUUGAAUAAAUUUGAUUCUCUUGUUGAAAAUGGAAGUGCUAAAAGGAAAUUUGAAAGCGUUAAAAGAUCAUAUUAUACUAUGAGGAAGAGGACCUGUAACCACCAUGUGACGAACUCGAGUGGUGUUAGUUUUCUUGGAUCAUCUAAUGGUAAUGAUUGCAUCCAGAAUAGAGGUUAUGAUGAGCUUGUUGGGCCCCGUGAAGAUUGUGUUCAGAACCAAUUCGGAUUCGGUGAUUUAGGCAUUGAUAGUGCAGGUAAACAAUCACAAAAGGAUGAUUUGCAGGUAUCUUUGAAGAAGGAUUGCUUUGGUGAGAAAGUGGAGAAUAUUGAACAGAAUGAUGUGUCUAGGAGGUCUCAUUGUGUCAUUUUCAAGGCUUCAGAUAAAUUUGAUCAUCCAUCUGGGGUUGAAGGAACCAAACCUUACUCGGUCGGAUGUUCGUCACCACAGCCAGAUAUGCCACUGUGGAAAACGAUGGAAGAUGUUCCAGCGGCUGUGAUGCCAUUUAAUGAUGGCCCUGGAGACAAAAGCCAACAUGUAGAAGGUGAAAUUGUGCAUCCUGAAGACGUGGAUGGUAAGAAAAUGUGUGAAUCUGGAUAUGAUAUUGUUCCUUCAGACAUGAUGUUAAAAGAUGGUUAUGAAAUUAGUAAUUCAGUUGCUACAACUUGUGGUGAUUUAGCUGAAACUGAUGCUUUAUUAAAUUUUGACGGUGAUGCCAUUGAUAAAUCUUGUUACGAGAGUGUGAAUUCACUUUUGCUGAACUCUUCUAAUGUUCCUGAAGAUGACACACCAAAGACUAAAGAACCUGAGACAUUAGUUUCAGAUGUUUGUCCUGGUACUUCGGAAACUGCUUGUCCUCCAAAGUUGGAUGAAGUUCCAGACCAACAUUCACAUUCUGGGCAUGCUGAACAGUCACAUUUUGGGAAUCCGGAAAUCAAUUUGCCUUCAUCUGCGUCUUCGUCAAAUCCUCAUUCUCUUGAACUUCAUGAUGAAGUGAUUUGCUGCAUGUUGAACAGCGAGGAUCCUGAAAUCCCAUGCAAUGAUGAUGUUCUUCUAGGUAAAGAUUUAGCUACGGAAGAGUGUCUUCUAGUGGGUAGUGAUCAGGCCUCAUCCCUUGCAAAUCAAAAGUCUAGUAAAGAAGUGAGCUUGAUACAGACAGAAGAUAAUCUUACUCAAUGUUUUACUGCUCCCAAGUUGAUAGGAUUGGACAUUUUGUCAGAAUCUAGUCAAGGUGUCAAAUCUGAGUUUCAUGAUGGUCAAUGUCAUGUGAUUUCCAGGCAGUCUCAAAAUUCCCUGGUCUACCCAUAUAGGUUCAAAGCAGCCCACACAUUUCCCAAUUCUGCUGCCGAUGGUGCAGCAGUAGAAGAUCCAUCAGAUGAAUGCAAUACCAAAGAUAUUUCUACGUAUGCAAAAGCAAGUUCCAUUGUAGAUACUGUUUUGGAACCUGAAGCAAACAAUGCAACAUCUGAUCAGAUAGAAUAUGAAAGCGGCGAUAACGUUCCUAGCUUUUCUGACAUUGAAGCCAUGAUACUUGAGAUGGAUUUAUGUCCAGAAGAAUUCGAUUCUUUCAUUAGGAGAGAAGUCUCAAGAUAUCAAGAUGAGCAUUCCAAGAGAACAAUAAUCAGGUUGGAACAAGGUGCUCGGUCUGCUAUGCAAAGAGCUAUUGCAUCUCGAGGAGCGUUUGCUGUCUUAUAUGGCAUUCAUAUGAAACAUUACAUUAAAGAAUCUGAGGUUAUACUUGGCAGGGCAACCGUGGAUGUUGGUGUUGAUAUUGACUUAGGAAGGGAAGGGCGUGCUAACAAAAUAUCUAGACGACAGGCAAUGAUAAAACUGGAGGAGGAUGGUUCCUUCUCUUUGAAGAAUCUGGGCAAGAGUUCGAUAUUUUUAAAUGGGAAGGAAGUUUCUACUGGACAGCUGAUAGCUCUUGGUUCAAACAGUUUGAUUGAGAUUAGGGACAUGGCUUUUAUCUUUGAAAUAAACCAUAAUUCUGUGGAGCGUCAUCUAGCAAAAAUCACCUUAAAUAACCAAGAAAAGAAAACAGCAUUCAAUGGGUCAGAAGAGCCAAAGAAGGUGUUGCAUGAAUUGGGAGUUUUGCUUACAAGUACGUCUAAACACGAAUAACCAAGAAAAAACAUUUAACUGGUGGGAAGAGCUGAAGAAGGUGUUGCAUGAAUAGGGAGAUUUGCUUGCAAUGCAGGCGGCCUGGAAGUCUCCUAAUGGUGAUAACUCUUGCGAAGAUUCGGGCUGUUGGUACUUCAUUAGAAUCUUGGCAGCAUGAUCGUGUGGCUUCUACCCAUACCCGCACUCAGGAGCUUAAAACAUAAACUAAUGAUUGCUUGACAAGGCAUCUUUCGGACUUAGAGCUCCAAGAAUGUGUCUGCCAAAGCUGAACUAAAAUCGUUACUGGAGAAGGAAGUGGCCUUUUGGUCCUGAUGCUCCCGUGUCACUCGGCUAGUCCAGUAGGAUAAAAAAUACCUCCUAUUUCCACGCGAAAGCUAAUGAGAGGAGUAAGAAGAAUUGGAUUAAGGGCUUAUAUGACUGUCAGACACUUGCAUGAAGACAGAAAUGUUAAAAAUAUUGUUGUUGCCUAUUUCCGAGAUUUGUUUGCUU